AAUGGUACAGCUAUUACAGAUCCCUAUGCCUCAGAUAUCGAUGUACAAGCCCACCACAGAAGUCGUAGGGGAUUCUGGGAAGGUCUGAAAUUUAAGUUAGCUGCCCCAGCUGUUAACUGGCAGAAGAGAAUUGGAAACGCAGCACUUGGAGCUUCUUUUGGAGUCAUUAUGGAGAAUUAUUUGGAUUUGUUAAUUUCUCCACUUAGAGGUCACUUUAAAGUGAGUGUCCAUGAUGAGGUAUAUGCCAUGGUUCAUGUUGGAUUAGUUGGUAUCAACCUGGAGUUUUUUCUGGCCAGAAUAUGUUACAAAGGACAAACAUCUUACAGUGUUAACAUAUUUCAGGAAGGGGCAGAUAUCAAAAAAAUUCUUAACAUGGCAUUGAGAUUUGAUAAAGUUGUGAAGAACAUUGUUGGUGGUAUAAAGAAAGGAAUUAAUUUAUUUAUGGAUGUAAUCAGUGGAAGACUUUCAAUCAAAACUAUCGUCCAGAAUUUGGUGAAAGCUUUAAAAGGUCUGCCUGCCAAGGUUGCUGACCUCAGAUCUAGGGCAAGUAAUGCAAUAAAGACAAUUGGACAAUUUGAUGAAAUCCAGCUACCUCCCUUCAUCAAACCAGUGAAAAAUUUAAUCAAUAAAGUACAGACUUUAUUUAAUGAUAUUAAAACUGAUGUGAUGAAUUUUUACAAUACAUUGGAAGAAAUAAUAGAGGUAAAGUUACCUGUGCUAGCUGACCGUCUUUACAAGUCGGUAAUAGAUGUAAUUGAAGGGUUUGGAAUAAUUGGGAAGAAUCCAAAGUCGGCACUUAUAAAGAUUGGUGUAGGUGUGUUCCAAAUAUAUAUUUCAUAUAAAGAAGCUCUGCAAUUAAAAAACAAGACACAGGAGGCUUGUUUUUUCUUGAAAGAUGAGAAACCCUAUUGGUGGGAUAUCAAAAAGGAAUAUUUGAAAUUAGAAAAUUUGGUGGUAAUAGUUAAAGACCAAUUAAAAAAUUCAGGAAACCAGUGGGUUGAUGAUGUGAAAGAGGAUGUUGUUGCUGAGUUUACAAAAGGGAAAUACACUAUGAGUAAGGUCAGAAAAGAAAUAGUUGAAGAAUUGACCUCCCUCAUAGAUGAUCUACUCAAUCCUUUUUCCUAUCUUGAUGGCUUAGCAGAUCCAUUUAUUCAUGCAUAUGAGGCAACAUUUGGAGUGAUCAAGUCUAUAAAGGAAGCUCACACAAUACUUAAAGAUGGGUAUGAGAGAGGAAAAUCAUUACUAGACAGUAUUUUUGGAAGUAAAGUUCCUCCAGAGUUUCCUAGGAAGACAAGGCUAGAUAAGGAUGGUUGUAGAGGGACAGGAUUUUAUCCAGCAAGAUUGUUAAGUGGUGCUCAGGAGUAUUGGUCUGAGGGUGUAGACUUGGAAAUAGCAGCUGGAAACAGGAUUGUAGCACCUUUUGCUGGCUAUAUGAUGCUUACUGAUAGACCUAAUGAAAUCCUCAUAAAGACAACUGGUGGAUCACUGAAGGAUAUGGAAGUUUAUAUAACAAAUAUCUCUCCAAAGUCAACAAUUCUUCAUCCAAAUGAUGAUAACUACAUAGAAAACUCGAUCUCAUCAGGUGUAGAUAUAGGAACAGCAACCAACUCACCCUGUACAAAUCACAUUCACCUAACAAUGAAGAAAGGUGGAGGAUUUAUUGAUCCCACUAGAUUUCUGGAAGAUAGGAUGUUUGUUUUUGAACCCUACUAUGAAUCUUGUAAUGAUUACAAACUAGUGUGGAAAGGUGAGGUGAAAGCUGUUGGUUUUGUAGUGAAAAAUGAGGGAAAGGACCAAGAAGACACUACACCAGAUAUGCCCAACAGUGAUGUAGAUCCUGUAGACCCUCCACCAAUGUCAGCUGAUCCGGGAGGAGACAUCGAGGCUGCAAAAAGUAACCCAAGUGGCAUGUUUUCCAAAUUUCAAACCUCAGGAUCAUUGUCUGGAGCAAAAGAUAUGUUUUCUACACUUUUAAAGAAAGCAGACAGUUUCAUGAAAAGAUUUUCAUUGAAAAAAUUAAAACUAGGAGAUAUUAUAGAAUUUCUGGAUAAACUUGGCAUGUCAGACAGUAAACAGAAGUUAGCUGAAGUUCUCAAGUCGAUAAAGAAACUGAUUGAUAACAAGCCAUGUCUAAAUCCAGCACAGGCAACAGAUGAACAGUUAAAACAAGAACUGUUGGAACGUGGUAAAUCAAGCGAAGGAUCAAGAGAACAGAUGAUCACCAGACUCACAACACCUGACAAAAGGUGUCCAUGGAUGUAUAUAACAACACCAGACAAUAUGUACUGUACAUAUGAUUCCAUGUGUCUAGGUCUGGAGUGUUGUAUGAAUGUUAAGUUCCUAAUGUUUCUGUACACUAUUAAAGCCUAUGCUAGAUAUGAUCCUUGUCAGUACCAGUUUAGUUUUGGGAUAGGAGACCAUAACUACACACUGAAGUUUGAUAUGGGAUAUGAUGGUUUGUCAGAUGAAAUACAUACAGGUUUAAAAUUUGACAUCAUGGGAGGAAUGGAUGGAAUAUUAAAAUAUGAUAUACAGAAGACAGAUACUGGAUUAUUGGCAUCUGUUGUGCUGGGAUUAUGUCAACGUGAGGAUACAAGUAAUUGUUUGGCAGAAUUCAGUUUGUUAGCCAAUGCAGUAUUACCUCUGCCUAUAUGUAAAAGUGAUGGUUCUAUUGUAUGGCCACAAGACUGCAAGAUUGUUGUACCUGUAGAUGUAGUAUUUGUAGUUGAUGAAUCUGGAAGUGUUGGAGAAACUAAUUUCAAGUCCACCAUGACAGCUUUGUCAAACACUGUGGAUAAACUAGCUAUUGGUGAAGAUUUAGUCCGGAUUGGUGUCACACUUUUUGCAGGGACAGGUACUUCCAGAUCACUUUUAAAUCUAAACUCCCAGUACAGUAAUACAGCAAUCAAGGAGACAUUUUCCAGUGCUGUUUACAAGAAAGGCUCCUAUACAGAUAUAGCUGAUGCUUUCCGAUAUGCAUGUGAGGAAAUGUUUGUUGGUAAUAAGGGGGAUCGUUCUGAUGCACAGAAUUACCUUGUCCUCUUAACAGAUGGUAAAAAUAAUAAAGGAGCAAGCCCAGUAGUGACAAAAGCUGCAGUUUGUAAAAAUGCUAACAUAAGAAUAGUGACUGUAGGUAUUGGAUCUGGUAUAGAUGAACAGUUACUGAAGGACAUAUCGUAUUCUCUGCCAAACUAUUACCUACAUACAAUAUAUGAUGAUCUACACAAAACUCUACCCCAGCUUGUUAUACAGACAUUGGAUUGUAGUUUUGCUUGGAACAUUGAUUAUAAAGCAUAUCUAAGCCUUGACUCAAUAAAAAGCACAAUUAAAGAAGCAGCGAUAAAGAAACUAGAAGAAGGAAAACAGCUACUAAAGGGAAAGCUGUUAGAAGCUCUUGGUUUACCGGAGGAUAUCUUGCAAUCAACAGGACCAUGUUUACGACCAGAUAAGAUGUCAAUAUUUCAACUGAUAAACACUUUAAAUAAUAGAGGUCUAAAUACCACUGGGUCCAAUCAGGAACUUACUGAAAGGUUGAAGGCUGAUGAUAGACGAUGUGAAACAAUGGGCAGAGAAAUAUCAUUGCCAGAUAUCACUAAUAGUUGGCUUAACGACCAUCUGUAUUACUAUAUAUCUAAUGACUGUCUACGGUUAGAUGCUUGUGCAGAUAUUUCACUGAGCAUCGGUGAUUUUAAUUAUGCCAAAGCGUUCAGAGCUUUUGUAGAGUUGGACUUCUGUAAAUAUAUUCUGAAGUUUGGAUUUGAAGGAAGAAUAAGAUCGUUGAUCCUGAUCAGCUAUAAAUGGGGAAAGACAGAGACUCUAACAAUAACAAAAGAUGUGCAAGUAAUCUUUGUUAUUGACAAAAAUGAUGACAAGAAAGUCUUUGAAAUAGACUUUGGACUGAAGCUGUGUUUCCAGGGCAGUUGUAUUAUAGAUCAGAUGUUUUUGGAGAACCAUGAAAUACCUAUACCAAUAUGUAAUGAAAACUUUACUUUCUCAGGAGAUUCCAUAUCUGAUUUAAUCACAGCUAUUGGUGGUAAAAUGACAGAGGAAGCAUUUGACAUUGUCUUACGACAUUUGGGUUUGGAUAAACAUUUUACCUCUGGAUCAUGUGCUGUACCAAAUGGACCUAUAGAUUGUCCAGUGAUGAUCAAUCCCCAGAAAUACUUACCAGCCAGUAUCAGAACCAUGAUCCAGUGUAAGAUGACAGACAAUUGUUUAGGUCUACAUUGUUGUCUAGAUCUGACCUUCAAACUUCCAUUAGGAGAUAAAAUGGUGACCUUCAACAUUCCAUUCUGGGUCAAGUUUGAUCCAUGCCAGUUUGAAGUUGAUAUUGCCUUUGGAGGAUUUAGAUACAAGAGAUAUAUCUUGAACUAUGAUUGGGGUGAAAAGAAUGUGAUCUCUAUUGGGAAAGGAGCAAGUGCACCAGUUCAAAUUGAGUAUUCUGUAGACAAGAUGGCUGAUGGAAAAGGAUUCAUUGUUGAUGUUUUAAUAAAAAUUUGUCUGCCAAUUGACAGUGAUGAGCACUGUAUACCACAAAAUGGAAUUCAUCUUCUACAACAGCAAGAAGUUCCCCUUUGUUCUGAUGACUUUUUAGACUGGAUGAAAGAUUGUAAAUCUGUGUUGCCAUCAGAUGUGAUAUUUGUGGUGGAUGAGUCUGGGAGUGUUGGUCAGGAUCAUUUUGAUGAUACCAUGGUAGCCUUAUCAAAGACCAUCGAUAAACUUGCCAUCAGGAAAGAUAUGAUCCGUGUUGCAAUGUCGUUGUUUGGAGGAACUGAUACAUCAAGGACACGUUUUGACCUGAAUUUUAGUUAUAACAAAACAGAAAUAUCUACUGAAAUAAUGAAAACAUCCUACAUUAAAAGAGGCUAUACAAACAUAGGUGAUGCUCUGAGGUAUGCCUGUGAGGAAAUGUUUGUUGCUGGUAAAGGUGAUCGGAACGAUGCCAGAGAUUAUGUUGUACUGUUGACUGAUGGGAAAUCUAAUCGUGGAGCUACAGCAGCAGGAGCAGCUACAUGUAGCGAUAGAAACAUUAGCAUUAUAGCUGUAGGAAUAGGAGAUGGUAUCAGUGAGAAAGAAUUGAGAGAUAUAGUCUCUAAACAGAAAUACUACUUCAAUACUACCUACACGAAAUUAUCAGAAGCUCUACCAGACCUUGUGUCUACUUCAAUUGACUGCAGUGCUGAUUUAACAUCAUUUAUUUCUGGUUGGUUGAAAGACACAGGCCUAAGUGUACUUGAAGAGAUAAAAGAAGGAGGAAAACUGUUAAUAUUGAAGAGACUAGGCCUGGAAGAAUUUUUUAAUGGUCCUAAAUGUGAUCAUCUGAGAAAACCAUACAGUCCCAAUAUCCUGGGAUGGAACAAUGAAUGUCCAAAAGGUAGUCUAGGUAUGCCUGCUUUACCUGACCAGAUGUCUUGCCAUUACACAAGCACAUGUACCGGUAUAGAAUGUUGUGUAACCAUUCCAGAUCUUGACCUGACCUUACAUCCAUUCAUCUUCAUCGACCCUUGUGAAUACACUAUCAAUUAUGGCAUCAACACAAUCAACAAAACUAUCAAACUUAUUAAUUAUGAAUGGGGAAAGACAGAAAAGAUAUCUCUUGCUAAUGGCAUUAUCCAGUUGGAACUUACAAUAAAGAAACCAGCAGAGAUGAAGAAAUUCAUUGUGGAUAUGACAGCAAAGGCUUGCUUCAAAUCAACUUGUAUUCCUAAUGUAAAGAUCUUUGAUGGUACAGAAAUACCUCAACCUGUCUGUGACAUGAAUGCCAACUUUAACUUGAAAAAUUUUUCUUUGACUGAUUGGGCUGAUAGAGUUGGAACAGACAUUGGACAGCAGCUUGAUUCACAGUUCAAACAACUAUUGAUAGAACAGCUGGGGUUGGAUAUAUUACUGAAAAAACCUAGUUGUAACAGAAACAGCACAUCUUACAGUCCAGCAACAAAUGGAUGGAAAAAUGAUUGUCCAAUCAUGACACCAUCCCCUAUCACAGUACCAGCUUCCUGUUACAUACCUGAUUAUUAUUGUCCAAUCAUGACACCAUCCCCUAUCACAGUACCAGCUUCCUGUUACAUACCUGAUUAUUAUUGUCCAAUCAUGACACCAUCCCCUAUCACAGUACCAGCUUCCUGUUACAUACCUGAUUAUUAUUGUCCCGUCACGACACCAUCCCCUAUCACAGUACCAGCUUCCUGUUACAUACCUGAUUAUUAUUGUCCCGUCAUGACACCAUCCCCUAUCACAGUACCAGCUUCCUGUUACAUACCUGAUUAUUAUUGUCCAAUCAUGACACCAUCCCCUAUCACAGUACCAGCUUCCUGUUACAUACCUGAUUAUUAUUGUCCAAUCAUGACACCAUCCCCUAUCACAGUACCAGCUUCCUGUUACAUACCUGAUUAUUAUUGUCCAAUCAUGACACCAUCCCCUAUCACAGUACCAGCUUCCUGUUACAUACCUGAUUAUUAUUGUCCAAUCAUGACACCAUCCCCUAUCACAGUACCAGCUUCCUGUUACAUACCUGAUUAUUAUUGUCCCGUCAUGACACCAUCCCCUAUCACAGUACCAGCUUCCUGUUACAUACCUGAUUAUUAUUGUCCAAUCAUGACACCAUCCCCUAUCACAGUACCAGCUUCCUGUUACAUACCUGAUUAUUAUUGUCCAAUCAUGACACCAUCCCCUAUCACAGUACCAGCUUCCUGUUACAUACCUGAUUAUUAUUGUCCCAUCACGACUCCAUCCCCUAUCACAGUACCAGCUUCCUGUUACAUACCUGAUUAUUAUUGUCCAAUCAUGACACCAUCCCCUAUCACAGUACCAGCUUCCUGUUACAUACCUGAUUAUUAUUGUCCAAUCAUGACACCAUCCCCUAUCACAGAACCAGCUUCCUGUUACAUACCUGAUUAUUAUUGUCCCAUCACGACUCCAUCCCCUAUCACAGUACCAGCUUCCUGUUACAUACCUGAUUAUUAUUGUCCAAUCAUGACACCAUCCCCUAUCACAGUACCAGCUUCCUGUUACAUACCUGAUUAUUAUUGUCCCGUCACGACACCAUCCCCUAUCACAGUACCAGCUUCCUGUUACAUACCUGAUUAUUAUUGUCCCAUCAUGACACCAUCCCCCAUCACAGUACCAGCUUCCUGUUACAUACCUGAUUAUUAUUGUCCAAUCAUGACACCAUCCCCUAUCACAGUACCAGCUUCCUGUUACAUACCUGAUUAUUGUACAGGUGUAGAUUGCUGUUUUGACUUUGAUUACCUGGAUCUGCACCUGAACUUUUACCUGUAUAUUGACACCUGUAAAUAUGUCAUCAGAGCUGGAAUAGAAUCCCUGACAUUUGAAAUUUCCCUGUUUGAUUACAACUGGGGAGAAGUGAAAGAAGAAAGAUUAGUUGAAGUUAUUAGGAUCCGGUACAAGAUUGACAGAUUGGAGGAACAGAAAAAACUCAUUGUAGAUGUGGAGUUUAAAAUUUGUUUAGAGGGCAGUGUAUGUGGAACUUCAUUUAAAUUAUUUGAUAAACAACUUAUCUCUCAACCUCUUUGUGAUAUGGAGAUGAAAGGUCAGCUGUUAGAUUUAUCUUUGGAUGCCUGGCUAACAGCAAAUGGAGAGGAAAUCGGUAACACCUUAUCAACUGCAGUAGCAAAUAAACUGCUGGAUGAUCUUGGGUUAACAAACUUCAUGAGUUCAGAGCCAUGUGACAGAUACAGUGGAGUCUUUACAGAGAAAGGCUGGAAUACAAAAGAUUGUCCAGUAGAGUUAGACCUUCCUCCAAUAGACUCCUCAGUCAGCUGUUAUAUACCUGAUUACUGUACUGGAAUCAACUGUUGUAUAGAAAUAGACCAAAUUGGCAAAACGUUUAAUGCCUAUGCAUUGUUAGAUGGUUGUAACUGGAGGCUAACUGUUGGUAUUGAAAGGAGAAAAAUAGAAAUAUCCCUCAGAGACUAUACAUGGGGUGAAACAAAAAUUUUGACAUUGAUGGAAGUAGUUCAGAUAGAAUAUUCAAUACAUGACCUAAAAGGAGAAAAGAAAUUCAUGUUAAAUCUGAAGAUAAAUGUUUGCCUACAAAAGCAAGCACAAUGUAUAUUCACAAAGACUGUAUUCCAAAACACAAAACUUCCAAAGAUUGGUUGUGACUGGUCAGAAAAUGCUUUUAAUUUUGAUGACUUUUCAUUGAAGCAGUUUCUAGUAGAUAAUAAUGCUGUAGGUAUAGCUAAAGGACUAGUUCUGUACAAAUUACUGGAUGUGUUAGGAAUAUCACUGGAUCUAAAGGAUGUACCUUGUGACAGAAGAGCAGCACCUUAUAAUCCUGUCCUAUCUACUGGUUGGAACAAUGGAUGUAAAAAUGGAUUACCUUUUUCAUUGCCAUCUUUACCUAGCUCAGUGAGCUGUCAUAUGUAUGAUACAUGUACAGGUAUGGACUGUUGUGUAGAUGUGAAGGAGAUCAGCAGGUCACUCAAUCUGUUCCUCAAUCUGGAUACCUGUAAUUAUUACCUGUCCGGGGGAAUAGAAAAACUUACCUUCAACAAAUCUCUCAUCAAUUACAAGUUUGGUCAGAAGGAAAUGUUUACACUGAAGAAUAUUAUUAGAAUUGAAUUUGUGAUUCAAGAUUUGUCCAUGGAAAAGCAGUUCCUAAUCAACAUGGACUUAAGUGUUUGUUUUGAAACUAAAGGUCCCUGUGUGUUAACAUCUAACAUUUUAAGGAAUGCCAGGUUACCAAAGCCUGUAUGUGAUCUCAGCUCUACUUUAUCAUUUGGAGAUAUUUCACUGAAAGAGUUAGCAGAAAACUUGAAGUUGGACAUAUCAGAGCAGCUUCCAUCAUUUGCCAAAGACUUAUUACUGGAAAAACUUGGUAUUUCAGAAUAUAUACAGAAUCCAUCAUGCAAUAGAUCUUCAUCAUUGUAUACCCCCAGUCACAGUGGAUGGAAAACAGCUUGCCCUGGCAACAUACCUCUGCCUGAUUUGGGUGAUAAUAUGAAUUGUUACCUGACAGACUACUGUACAGGUAUAGAUUGUUGUGUAGAGAUACCACAGAUCAGACAGUCAUUCCAUGUAUAUGUUUUACUGGAUGCUUGUAACCACAGAAUGGAUAUUGGUAUAGAGAAUUUGGCCAUACAUCAGGCAUACUUUGAUUUUGAGUUUGAUAAAGAACAGACAGUUCAGCUUAGUAAAUUGAUUACACUAAAAUACUCCAUUAGUGACUUAGAGAAGAGAUAUGUAGUUAACAUGAGCAUUACAGUUUGUUUAGAACCUUCAGGACCAUGUAUCAUGUCAUUGGAAAUUCUGCGGAACUCAUACCUACCCAAGUUGGGUUGUAACUGGAAUUUUGACUUUUCAGCGUUUUCCCCAUCUAAGUUAUUACAAGACAGUGGAAUAACAAUAGAUGACACAUUACCUGAUGUUCUCCUGUCACAGGUGAUGGAAAAGAUGGGAAUCACGGACUACCUGCAGGAUCCACAAUGUGACAGACAAACCUAUAAUACUGACAGUAGUGGAUGGAAAAAUCAGUGUGACAAUCCUAACAUGACACUUCCUGACUUACCACCUGACUUUAACUGUGUUAUGUAUCCAAACUGUUCUUCUGUUCAAUGCUGUGUAUACGUCAAAUUCCUGAAAAGAAAUGUUCAUUUGUCCAUGGAUUUAGAUAUCUGUUCCAGAAAGAUUUCUUAUGCUGUAGAGAAGUUAAAGAAUGAAUUAGUCUUUGACAGCAGACUGGAUGUUCAUGGACAGCUGAAACUUCUGAGUUUUAUUACAUUAGACUACACACUAGAUAAUACUGAGGAUGAAGUGCGAGUAAACCUGAACUUGACUGUCAAGCUGGAUGGUGAUACAAUUCUGUACCAUUCUCCACUAUUACAGGACACCAUGAUUCUAAAAAUACCAUGUGAUUGGAAUACUGGAUUUUAUAUACCAGAUUUUUCUAUGCAGUCAUUCCUUCAGAAAGUAUCUCUUCCAACAAAAGAAGACAUAACAAAACUAAUGGGGGAGAAUUUAUUAGAGGAAAUGGGUAUAGGACAUUUGCUGGAGGAGAAUUCAUGUGAGAGGUCUAGUUCUAUAUACAGUCCAUCUGUUAAUGGUUGGAAGAAUGACUGUCCACUUGGUGUACCAUUAAAACCACUGAAUAUACCAGCUACUUGUAGAAUACCAAAUCAUUGUACUGCCAUUGAUUGUUGUAUAGAGGUAGAUUUUCUUCACAGAUCAUUUCAUGCCUACAUUGACAUUAACACCUGUGACAAUAUGUUUACUGUUGGAAUAGAGAAGCUAAAAAUAGAUCCUGUCAGUCUUAUUAACUAUGAGUUUGGUACUACAAAGAACUUUAAUCUAAAAGGACUUGUAAGAAUAGGUUACAAUAUAGAGGAUUUACAGUCCCAAAGGAAAUACAAGGUCAAUGUGAACCUCAGCGUUUGUAUUGAAUCUUUUGGACCUUGUUUAUAUGAUGCAGUAGUGUUUAAAGAUGCCGUUAUUCCAAAGAUUAUGUGUGACUGGGAAGCUGAUUUUUCUUUACCUGACUUUUCUUUGGAGAAAUACACUACCAUAGCUGGAGAAUUAGUGAGUAAUUUGACAGAUUCAUUCAAGGAGAAAUUAUAUGAAGAUCUUGGUAUAGCUGGUUACCUAAGAGAAGAGCCCUGCUCUCUUACAUCAGCUACCUUUACACCUAAUUUAAAUGGUUGGAAAUCUGAAUGUAACCAGGAUUUAUCCCUGCCAGCUUUACCCAGUUCUACAGUCUGUAAUCUGCAUGACACGUGCACUAAUAUCAGCUGUUGUGUCAGUGUUGAUUUUCUGAAAAGAUCGUUCUUUGCCAAUAUUGAAAUGGAUGCUUGUCAACAGAAGAUUAGAUUUAGUAUUGAAAAGUUGAAACAGGAAAUAAACAUUCUAGACUACAAGUGGGGUACACUUGAGAAAAAAUAUCUGAUGAAUGUUGUCAGACUUGAAUAUGUUAUAGAUGAUCUAUCAGUAACAUCUGAAUACCAGAUAAGCCUAAAUAUAAGUAUUUGUUUUGAAUCAAAGAAGACCUGCUAUUUGAGUAUGAAGGUUUUCGAUCAUUAUAAACUUCCAAAAGUUUUCUGUAAUUGGGGAACAGGAUUUAAAAUACCUGAGUUUUCACUUACAAAAUUCUUGGAGGAACAGAAAGAAGAAUUAUCAGAACAGUUAUCAGCAUCUGUAACUCAGACUUUAUUCAAUAAACUUGGUUUAUCAGAGUUCUUCCUGGAUAACCAGUGUGACAGAACUAGGGAUCCUUUCCUUACUGGCUGGAGAAAUGAUUGUCCAAGUAGUGAUUUGUCACUAACUUUACCAUCAUCAGUAUCCUGUGUUGUGCCAACUGACUGUUCAGCCUUAACCUGUUGUACAGACAUAAAGUUAAUCAGUCGUUCUAUUAGUACACACAUAGCAAUCGAUCCCUGCAAUUACACCAUGAGUAUAAGUAUAGAAAAGCUACAAGUACAUGUAUCUUUACUGAAAUACACAUGGGGAAAAGAAAAACAGUUUACACUACAAGGUGGAAUAGUUUUCAAGUAUAAUAUAUACAACUUAGGAAGUGAGAAGAUGUUUAUGGUAGAUCUGAGCUUACAUAUCUGUUUGGAACAGAGUGAUCCCAAUAGCUGUGUUUUUAAUGUUACUAUUUUGAAGAAUGCUAAACUUCCCAAACCACUAUGUAACUUGGACAUGGGAUUCAAACAGGACGAUUUCUCCUUUACCAGCUGGCUAACAGAGAACAGUAUAGUGAACACAGGGACAUUAAAGGAUAUCUUUGUCAUACAACUUCUGAGAGAACUUGGCGUAGAUCAGUAUAUGAUGUCACCCCCCUGUGAUGCACAGGCUACACCGUAUUCUCCUACAAAUAAUCAGGGAUGGAAUUUAAAUAAAUGUAUGUCUAGUAAACCAGUGAUGUUAGGGAAGCUACCAUCUGAUACUUCCUGCUACCUGUCGGACACAUGUACAGGUGUACACUGCUGUAUCCAAAUAAACCAGUUAGGACGAGCCAUUACUGUGUACUUAGACCUGGAUUCAUGUCACAAUACCUUUACAAUUGGCAUAGAGAAAUUCAUCCACAAGAUAUCUAUUCUGGAAAUAGAGUAUGGUGCUAUACACUCUUUCUCCAUGUUUGGAUUUGUAAACAUAAAUUAUAAGAUAGAAGAGUUAUACAAUGAGGGGAUGUUUAUAGUCAGUAUGACAGCUAGUGUAUGUUUAGAAUCUAACGGUCCUUGUGAACUGGAGAUACAAGUGCUGGAUAAUGUCAAACUUCCAAAACCUUUAUGUAACUUCAAUCAAGGAUUCGCUAUACCAGAUUUUUCCCUGGCUUCUUGGUUAGAUAAGAAUAAGGUAGAUAUAAAACUACAGUUACAAUCAUAUGCUAGAGACUUACUGAUGGAAGAACUUGGAAUAGCUGGGUAUUUACAGAGUCCACAGUGUCAAUUCUCAGACUACCAGUUAAAUACAGACAGAUGGGACAUAGGUAUGUGUGGAGCAGACUUGUCAUUACCUACCCUCCCUAAGAAUCUAGCCUGUAGGUUACCAGAUUAUUGUACAGGGAUACAGUGUUGUGUGUAUAUCCCUGUCCUAGAUAUGUAUGUAGAAGCACAUCUUCUACUGGAUAUAUGUGAUUUGAGACUCAGUAUUGGAUUGGAGAACAUGGUCAUCAAUGAAUCCUUGGCGCAUUACAAUUAUAAUACAGAGAAAAUCGUCUCACUUGGAAAUAUGGUGAGAUUAAAUUAUAAAAUAGAGGAUUUAGAAGCUGAAGAGAAGAUUUUAUUCAGUUUAAAGCUUGAGAUUUGUUUUGAGACCAAAGGAGAUUGUUUAUACAGCUAUGAUGUAUUUAAAGACACAAAGAUUUCUAAACAACUUUGUGACUUGAACAGUGGAUUUCCUAUCCCUAAUUUCAAUUUGAAUGGCUGGUUGACAAAACAGGGAUUUCCUUCAAAUGUAACACAGCUGUCAGAAUUGAUGACAUCCAAAUUGUUAGAACAUUUAAGUAUAGCUGAAUAUUUACAACAACCAGGAUGUGAUCUGACGUCCAGUCCUCUAUACAGUACUGCUGAUAGUCAUGGGUGGAACACGGAAUGUGAUGGCAUGAUAAUGUUACCAGACUUACCCGGUGGUAUGAUUUGUCACCUGGAUUCUACCUGUACAUCUGUUACCUGUUGUACACCUGUUGCACUGAUUAACAGAAAUAUCAACUCCUACCUGACCAUUGAUCCAUGUAAUUCAGUCUUCAAACUUGGAAUAGAGAAUUACCAGUUUGAGUUCUCCUUAUUUAAAACAGAUUUCAAUGUACAGAAACAAUUCAAUGUGGAAAGAGUAAUAAAUAUUAACUACAAGAUAACAGAUAUACCAGGAGAAGAUGUAUAUUACCUUGACCUUGGUAUCCAGGUGUGUUUUAAUAAUAGAGGACCUUGUACAAUAGAAGCCACUAUAUUUUCUAACACUAAACUCCCCAAACUUCAGUGUAGCUGGCAGAAAGGAUUGUCGAAGUCAGUUUGA